CACACAGCUUCCCUGCCUCCUUGUUUACUGCUCAGCUCCAUCACAACUCUUCCUCUCUUGUCUCUCUCUCAGCAGGAGGGUGAAGGAGGGGGAGGAGGAAGAGGAGGAGGUGCGCACUGUUGAGUAGUUUCCCAGUUGUCAUGACGACCUCACACCCCACCAUCUUCGAAGCUGUCUUCUUGUUGCCACGGUGACCUGAUCCUUUUUCCAUCUCCGCACCUCUUGAUGAUCCGGAUUGGACUAAUAAAGGAGAGCGAUCCCGGAGUACCGUCUGCUCACUCUGAACAUAGCUCGUGGAUGGGACAGCGGAUCCCACACAGGGACGCAGAUCGGAGGACAGGAAGGCGCGGUGUGCUGGGAAUGCUGUGGGAGUAACACCGGAGCGUUGCCUGGAAACAGCAGCAUGCCAGUACAGCAGAUAACUGUGGUGCCGGCCAGGGAGACAACCAGCAAUGGCAAGAGUGCUCCUCGCUCCAAAGACAAGAACGAGAAACAUGCACAUGUCCACACACAGACUCACCAGAGUCUCUGCUGGGAGUCACAGUCAGAGUGUCGGCAGGGGAACAGAGGCUCAGGGGAGGAAGGCACCUGGACGCUCAGGGAGUCGAUCCAGCAACAUCUCCAAGGCCAGCAACUCUACAGCAGGUCCUGCUACAGCCUCCAGGACAUCGAUAACCCCGUCUUCUCAGGACAUAUGCAGUUCUGGCCAGCUGACCCGCUUAGAGGAGGAUGCCUCUGAGUCACACACACACAGCAAGCAGGCACACAUCUCCUCUGCAAUGACGGUCACCAGCACAAAUCUGGGCUCCACGGCCCAGGCCCAGAAAAAGAACGUGAAGCGCCGCCACCGCCGCAAGCGGAGCAGCUGCACCACCUUCGAUUGUGUGGAAACCAACGCCAAGCAGGAGCAGAGCGACCGCAGCCUCAGCUCUGACCGCAGUGAGGUCGGGGAGAAGAAGGAGCGCUCCUUGAAGAACCGGAGGGAGCGUCCAUCUCGCAUCCGCUGCUCAGGCGGGCCGCAGUCCAACUCCUCCUCCGAGGACGAGGCGUGGCGCGAGGCCCGCAGCUGGAGCAAAGAGAAAGCCCGGAGAGCUCGCCGUCGCAGCGGGAGCAGCCGGGAGAGGGAUGUAAUGAACAAAGAAGAGAUCAUGGAGCUGCAGUCGGUGGGCUCGGACGAGGGGAAGGAGAACCAGCCUCUGGUGGAGGACAGCGGAGGCCUUAAGAAGCGCCACAACAACCGGACCUCAGCCAAGAGAGAUGUCCAUGUUUCACAGAGGGAGAGGUCACACAGCAGGGAUAAGGAAAAGAAGAGCAACAAGUCACGGAGCCCAAGAGGAAGCUCCUCACUGGCAGAGGACGGCGAGGAGCUCAUCACCAAGAAUUACCAGGAGAAGGGGUCAGGAGGUGGGGACAUGUCAGUGCCCACUCCACAGAAACACUGCGGUGUGAAUGGGAACAUACCACGACCCUACUCUGAUGACUCUGAGCUGGAGGUCUGCAGGAUCUGCCACUGUGAGGGGGAUGACGAGUGCCCGUUGAUCAUGCCAUGUCGCUGCACGGGGAGCCUGAGUUUCGUGCAUCAGGCCUGUCUCAACCAGUGGAUCAAGUCCUCAGACACUCGCUGCUGUGAACUCUGCAAAUUUGACUUCAUCAUGGAGACGAAGCUCAAACCUCUACGCAAGUGGGAGAAGCUACAGAUGUCGAAGAGCGAGAGGAGGAAGAUCUUCUGUUCAGUGUUGUUUCACCUGAUAGCAGUAAUGUGUAUGUUGUGGUCAGUCUACAUUCUGGUCAAGAGAACCGCUGAAGAGAUCAGACUUGGGAAGAAUGGCGAGUUAUGGAGAAUUUCUCUUCUGAAGUACUAUACGCCGCAGGGUGUGCUGGAGUGGCCCUUCUGGACCAAGCUGAUCGUGGUGGCCAUCGGCUUCACAGGCGGCCUCAUCUUCAUGUACAUCCAAUGUAAAGUCUACAUGCAGCUGUGGCGCCGCCUCAAGGCCUUCAACCGCAUCAUCACUGUGCAGAACUGCCCCGAGAAAGACCUGCACAACCCUCAGGCCCGGCCCAGCGCCCUCACCAACGGCAGGCACGACACCGUGGAGGUCCCGGUCAGCCCGGGCCCCGUCCCGGCUCCGGAGGCGCUGAUGGACUCCGACAUGUCGGUGGAGGCGGCGGUGGCGCCGGCUCACAACCCCGUCUGACUGCUUCUGAAUCACGCUCUGCUCAUCCAGCAGCACAAGCUUCUAUGAGCACGGUGUGAUUUAGACUCGUGCAGUGUUUGAAUGUUGCUCUGAUCUCGGCGACGGCUGAUCCUGAGACGCAACAGAUGGAUUUAAAGUGACAGAACUGAACAAGUCCUUCGGUGAUCCGGGAGAAGCUGAAAGCAGAAGGGCUGCAGUGAUGUGAAGGUGUGAAGAAAAACAGGAAAAAACGUGGAGAGGAGAGAGAAGGAAUCAGAGAAUAAAGCCAUCCGCAAAGAGAGCAUGUGAAGACUUUAGUUAUGUGGUUUACUGACACAAUUUUAUUCUUGUAUGCACUUUCUCAACCAUGCACUGAUGUGAGGUGAAGUUGUGAACACCCUGUGGAAGCUUCUAUUUAAAGGCCUCAGUAUGCUUCAAAUGAAAUUCAGACAAAAAGGCGGUCGUAGCUGCUGUGAAUGAUCCCACUGAGGUGUGCAGUCAGUGAUAACCACUUUAUAUUUAUUUAGUCGUCUUAGAUAGCAGCUAUAGUAGUGGGAGAUAUGGGGAAUAGACCUGCAGCAAAGGUUCUGUAAGGAGGUCGACAGCCGCUGUGAUCCAACAUUCUGGAUAUUUAUGACACAUCUCACAUAUUCAUUGGUCAAAUUUCAACAUUCAACAGCACAUUUAAACCUGCUGUUGUGUUGCUUUCUUUAGAUUUUCCAUUUUGAAACAAAAAAAGCACUCAGCGCAGUACUCUGCCAAGGCUGCUCAUUCCCCCAUAUGGCAUUGUCAGAAAUGCAGCAUUGUUUAUUAGUUAUUGAUGAUCAGAAAUCACAGCAACAUAGAAUGUGGGCAUUUAAUACAGAUGUACCCACAAACAAAAUGACCUUGCGGUGAGCACAGAUGUGUGUUAUGCAUGUGUACGUUAUAUAUGGAUACCGAAUCGUGUGACCUAAAUACGUAGUGCAGCCGGGAAUUGAUGGGACUCGGAAACACCCCCACAAUUUUCAUCAAUGUUCCUUGUAUCAUUUCCAACGGAUAAGUCCUGAUAAUUUACGCAGUGGUCGAUUUGUAGUAGGAUCGCAAUCAUGUGGUGUUCACUUGUCAUAGUUACAGUGACACUGUGCCAGUAUCUCGCAAUGAUAUGGAAAUCCUUAACAAAUCCGUGGAUCCAGACUAUAAGCCGCACCACUGUCAAAGUCUAAUCACUUGGUUGCUGUGUCAUUUCUGACCUUCCCUGAAAAUUUUAUUCAAAUCCUUUAGUCUGUUUUUGAGUAAUGUUGCAAACAGACAAACCAACGCCGACCGUCACAUAACUCCGCCGUGUUCCUUGUCGGAGUAAUGAGGACUAAAUAUCCUGCUUCACUUUACACUUAGUGUAGCUGUUACACCCAACCUCUCAUUUACAUUCUCAGGUGUGUUUUCUAAUUUUCUAAUGAGGGAGACGUUUGCAUGAAGGUGAAAGAAACGAUGCACCUGAAACUAAAGAUGCAGACUUCUAGAGGUGCAUCCUGUGCUGUCUGUCUCUCCUCAAAAGCAUUUAUGUUGCUGCACUUUAUUUUGAAAAUGUAUUUACCCAGUAAAAGUCUCAGUGAGAUUAGGAAUCCCUUGACCAAGACAGGACAAGAAAAGUUUAAAUGGUGUGGAGAGUGACAAAUCAGACACCAGACAAACUGCUACAUAAAGUGGAUUGUAACCCAAAUUUCAGAUGCUGCCACGACAAUCUGUCUUUGAUUGAAGCAUGCUGAAGCCUUAACUCUCCUUCUGGACAAUCAGGUCUUCAGACACCAAAGAAUCAGAUGUUAUUAGCAGAGAAACGAUAAUCUGGAACAAAAUCUUUAGCUGAAAUCUAACAUUGUGAUAUUUUGAAAAAGUUAUUUAUUAUCAUAAGAAAGUUUCGGAUAUUUAUUAAAAUAGAAAAUCUCAAUUAGUCCAGGUGUUAAUGAUGUUUUGUUGGGACAGUUUGCAGCUUUAUGAGGUCUGUUAUCCAAACAGUGAUGUAACUAGAGCUUUCAGUGUUGCCAUCCCUUCAUGUUUUUACAUUAGACCAUAGAAAUGUCUCAAUCUACUAAAGGCCACUCUUGUUUAUACUUGUCCACUUUUCUACUGGUUUAAUUUGGUUUUUUUUACCAGUGUCCCCGGCACAUCGCGGAAAAUACAGCUUCCUCUGUGUCUUAAAAAAAAACGUAACAUCUUUGUCCAAACCUUUUUCUAACUGAUUGGAUACAGCAGAACAUUCAGGUUACAUUCAACACAUAUUUGUUUGUGCAAUAAACCAUGAAUGUAGAACCCCA